AUGGGCCGCUCGACAUCUUUCUACUCCUCGGCCUUCUUGGCGAUAGGGGGCUUUCUCUUCGGCUACGAUAGUGGUAUCAUCACCUCGGCCAUCUCAGUCUCGGAGUUCAUCAAAUACUUCAACAGCCCUUCCGACAACGAGACGGGCGGCAUUGUAUCCUGCUUCCAGGGCGGAGCAAUCCUCGGCACUAUCAUCAACAUGCUGGUGGCAGACCGCCUGGGGAGGAAGAGGACCAUUUUGGUGGGAUCCAUCAUCUCCGUGCUCGGCUGUGCUCUGCAGGGAGGCGCAGCAGCAAUGGCCAUGCUCAUGAUCGGACGCUUCAUCGCAGGUACUGCCGUGGGCAUGUUAACAUCGACAAUUCCGCUGUAUGCUGCUGAAAUUUCCGAGCCCAAGUAUCGAGGUCUGCAAUCUGGACUGCUGCAAUGGAUGCUGUCUUGGGGCUUCCUGGUGGCACAAUGGGUUGGCUACGGACUGUCCUUCGUAACGACCUCAAGCGUGCAAUGGCGCUUCCCUCUCGCCUUUCAGUGCCUUCCAGCCAUCAUCCUCGCCAUCGGAAUAAAUUUCCUCUCCGAAUCCCCUCGCUGGCUCGUGGAGAAGGAUCGCCAUGAGGAAGCACGUGUCGUUCUGGGAAAGCUCCGCAACACCGAUACCGACGAUAGCACUCGCCUGAUUGAUCUCGAGCUUCAAGAGAUCAUCGACGUUGUGACGGCCGACCGCCUCGCGAACCAGACUUCGUGGACGAAGAUCUUCACGAAGCCCUCAUGGCGCAAGCGACUUCUGUUGGGAUGUGGUGUUCAAGCGUUCGGGCCACUUUCAGGCAUAAACGUGAUCAACUACUACGGCCCACGGAUCUAUUCUCUAUUGGGCAUCUCAGAUCAGGUCUCAUUGAUGAUCAUCGGCAUCUCUGGAGCACUCUCGGUCGUCUAUUGCACGAUAGGUCUUCUCACCCUUGAUAGGACUGGUCGCGUCAAGCCAUUGAUCGUAAGCGCUGUCGGUCUUGCAGGGGCUCUCAUCGCAAACGCUGUCAUGGCCGGCUACAUCAACCCAGGAAAUGAGAACAUGCUACGCGCCAUGGUCGCCAUGAACUUCGUGUUCUCUCUCUUCUACACUCCGCUAGGAAUUAUCUCCUGGGUCUACCCGGCAGAGAUCUUUCCUGUAGAAGUUCGUGCCUUGGGCAAUGCGAUUACAACUUUCACAAACUGGACAAUCAACCUCAUUUUUGCACAGUUCACCCCGCACGCACUUUCGACUAUUGGCUUCCGAUACUUUUAUGUAUUUGUCGCGUUCAAUAUUAUCGCAGCGUUGGCUUAUAUCUUCUUCUACCCAGAGACGAAGGGCAAGUCGUUGGAGCAGAUGGAUGAGCUCUUCGGCGACCAGCUUGUUCCACAUGCGCUUGAAGAUCCAGAGGGCGCGGCCGCAGCCUUUGAGGGGAAGGGAAGGAUGAGUGUGGAGCACAAAGAGGUAUAA